AUGCCGCGGUCAAAUAGGAAUGCUUUCUCCAUUGGAAUUGUUUGCGUAUUUGUGAUUGUGUGUAUGUAUUUAUAUCGUAGUAUAGACACUCGUACCUCUACCGAUUUGCUUAAAAAUGAGAAGACUAUCGCUAAUAUGAAGAUGAAUAUUGAUCAGUUACAAAAUAUACUUAAUGAUAAUCGACAAGAGAUAGCAGAAUUAAAAAAGAAAGUAGCUGACGCUGAGCAGAAAGAGAAUGAGGUCUACGACGAGAAAGCCGAAGCCCAAAAAGCCCUAGAGAAGAAGGUGGAGCAGAUUGCUGGUGAUGCAGAUCACAAAGCCGUUGAAGAGGAAGAGAAAGCCGUUGUUCCGGAACCAAGAGGCAAAGUCGGUGUGGUCCAUGAUUUCCUCCAUAGAACUACGACAAAAUCGACGUCACCCGUCUGUCAGCUAAGAAAGGAUUAUGUCAACAGUAAGACAGAAGUCCAGAUGUUGGAUCUGUACGAAGUAGAACCCUUCGAUAACCCCGAUGGUGGUGUAUGGAAGCAAGGUUGGGAAAUUACCUAUGACAAAGAUAAG